UCGGAAGCAGUUCAGAGUUGCACAGCUCUGCAUUACAUGACCUGUGUUCGGUAAGUGGCAAGCAAACCUUCGCUUUCACUGUCCUCUUCGUCCUAAAAUGACAAAUAGUUGACCAUGUAUGCUGCAAUGGUGCACGUUUUCCGUCGUGGGACGUCAACGUUUAUUCGUAACACAGCUGCUACCAUGAGUCAGAUGAGCAUGCGCAUGCUGUCUGUGAGCCAUCACAUGAUGGCCAAGCCGGAUAAACCCAAAGACGACCAGGAGGUGAAUAAUGAGCCCAUUAGGUUCUCCACCAGCAAGGCCAGUCACAGGACUUGGAAUGUCAGCCGCUCUAUGGGGGAUCACUGUGAGCGGCCAUGGUGGAAAGUCCUUCCCCUCAGUGCCGCUGUGGUGGGCUUCCUAUUGUGGUGUGUCUUGAGAAGGGAGGUGAACAUUGAUGAACAGCUGGAGCAGGAACUUUACCAGAAUUUACCUGGAUUGCUCCCGGAUGAAGAUGAGAAGUAAAGUUAUAUAUCUGUGUUUAAAGCUUUUGCCUUGACUAAAUGGGUUGUCAAUAGUCUUGACUCAAUUAUCUGUUUAUUUAUAUAGCCUUUAAUCACAAAUGUCUCAAAGGGCUUGCAAACCCAUGUUUUCCGUUUAAGUUUUUUUUGCAAUGUAACAUCUACAGAUUACUUGAUAUGUUUUUGUAAUGCAAACAGUUCAGAGUUUAAUAAAAUGGAACACA